GUUGCAUCGACAAGUCGUGCAGUUAUUAUACAUUGUGAUAAUCUUUAACGCCACUACCGUUUACUAUCGCGUUCUAGAAAAUGUUUUCCGCCGUACUUUUAUUACUUAUUAUUGUAGCCGUUAUUGCAUUUGCUUAUCAUUGUUGCGUGCAUUAUUCAAGAGUCGGGCGAUUAAUGAAUCAAAUACCGGGACCGAAGAUCCUUCCGGUUUUUGGCAAUUUAUUGCUAUUACAACAAACAAGAGAACAACUCUGGUGCCUUUUUCGUACUCUUUCGGACCAAUAUUAUACCACUUUUAGAUUUUGGAAUCUCCAUUAUAGAUUGGUAACCAUUCAUCAUCCAGAUGAUAUCGAGGUAAUAUUAAAUAACACGAAGCACCUCGAAAAAGGGCCAUUAUACGAUAUUUUGCGUCCAUGGUUAAAUGACGGGCUUCUUACUAGUACAGGUGCCAAAUGGCAUUCACGGCGAAAAAUGCUAACGCCUACAUUUCAUUUUAGUAUACUGCAAGAAUUCACAAAUAUUUUAAUUGAGGAGGGUAAACACAUAGUGCAGAAAUUAAAGGAUGUCGGCGGGAUGGUUGAAGUGGAUAUCGAAUCAUUUAUUUCUGAACAUACGCUGAACAUAAUAUGCGAAACUGCCAUGGGCACUUCUCUGCACAAUCUCGGUACGGCGCAAGAAAAAUAUCGACAGGAGGUUCGCCAGAUGGGUCGGUUCUUCAUAUAUAGAGUCAUGAGGCCCUGGUUGAACGAUACGUUAUUCACAUUAACGCCUGAGGGCAGAAAACACAAGAAGACACUACAAAAUUUACAUGGGUUCACUGAAAAAAUAAUUGCGGAAAGAAAAAUGUAUCACAAACGUACUGACAAUAAGUAUUUGCACAAUAUUACAAAUAACGAUCCGAUGGAAACAGAUAACGCAGAAAUACUUGGAAUUCGAAAAAAGCGAUUCGCCAUAUUGGAUCUUCUAAUAUCUAUGUCUCAGGAAAAUAAUUUGAGUGAUUUGGAUAUCAGAGAGGAGGUGGAUACUUUCAUGUUUGAAGGUCAUGACACAACAUCGAUGGCUAUAUGUUUCACUCUGUUACUAUUAGCAGAACACAAGGAUAUUCAGGAUCGCGUCAGAGAGGAAGUUAAAACAGUGAUGCAGCAAUGUGAGGGCACAUUGACUAUGACGUCGUUGCAGAAUCUAUCGUAUUUAGAAAGAUGUUUGAAGGAAUCGUUGCGACUGUACCCCAGUGUGUUUUUCAUAACACGAGUCACCGCGGAGAAUGUGCAAUUACGCGAUUCAUAUGUAAUACCCCGUGGAACAAUGACAAAUCUCAAUAUCUUCCACGUUCAUAGAGAUCCCAAUUUCUGGCCGAAUCCCGAUGUAUUCGAUCCAGAUAGAUUUUUGCCUGAAAAGAUACAAAAGCGUCAUCCUUAUUCGUACUUGCCAUUCAGUGCAGGACCACGGAAUUGUAUAGGUCAACGAUUCGCUAUGUUGGAGUUGAAGGCUAUAAUAGCUUAUCUCGUGCACAAUUUCUACUUAGAACCUAUUGAUUAUCUAAAAGACAUCCGGAUAAAUAUAGAUUUUAUUCUUCGUCCGAAUAAUAUGAAGAUAAAAUUUGUUCCAAUACAAGCCGCUUGAGGCAAGUACAAAUUUUAUGAAUGUAAGAAGCGAAUGCAAAUAUAUAUCACUAAAAUCAAAGAAUUGUUGAUUUUAACAUUAUAGGUACACAGAUAUACUUAUGUCUGUGCGCGCGUGUAUACAAAUUUAAUAUUACGAUUAUAACACGUGUUUUAUAUGUAUAAAUAUUGUAUACAGAAAUAAAUGAAUGAUGUAUGUGAAGGUUAAACUUUAAAAGUAAAUUGUUUAGUGAAUUUAGAAUUAAUUUUAUCUCAAUAUAAAUGCGUAGCAAAAGAAAGGCUAGCACUUAGAUGAUAUUUAAUAUUGUUUAUGUCAAGUAUUUUCGUAAUUAAAAUUUUGAGAAAGAAAAAAUAUAUAAUGCAAUGAGUACGAUUAUCUAUAAUGGAUAAACAAUGUUUUCUAUCCGAAACAAUAAAACAUAUAUAACUCAGGAGCAAUCAAUUUCUUCCUAAUACUUCUUAACAGUGUGAAAUAACUUGAAAUUGUUUAAAAAAAAUCUAUGGUCAAGAUUUACUGCAAUAAAAA